GCCACUGACUCAUUGCGGCGAAGGGAAUAUAAUAACAAUCUCUGAGUCUUCAUUAUCUACUUAAAAGACCAUUCUUUCUAAUAGUUGCCCGUUGAUUGCUUGGGUUUCGUUGGUAUAAGUCCCUUGUUAGGCGUUAUUAUUAUAUCCCUCUUCUAUCCACACCCGCAGCUUAAUCAGUAACACCCCUCACCACCCCUCCUCCCCCGCCCAGCUUAACCAGGAACAACGCAGUUUAAUCAUUCACGAUGCCAAUGCUUAAGGACCCCUCGAAAAAAUAUAGGCGCUUCAAGCCCUUGGAUCUUCCCAAUCGGCAAUGGCCUUCAAAGACGCUGGACAAGCCCCCCCGGUGGUUGGCUACUGACCUCAGAGAUGGCAACCAGAGCUUGGUCGACCCCAUGGAUGGGGACCAAAAGCUUCGGUAUUUCAGAAUGCUUGUAGAGAUUGGAUACAAGGAAAUUGAGAUCUCAUUUCCAUCAGCUUCGCAAACAGAUUAUGAUUUCACUCGACGUCUUAUCGAGAACCCCGAUGAGGUACCAGACGAUGUUUGGCUACAAGUUCUUUGCCCUUGCCGGGAAGACUUCAUUCGACGGACAGUUGAUUCCCUCAAAGGGGCCAAAAAGGCCAUCCUUCAUCUCUACCUUGCAACAAGCGAAUGCUUCCGCAGAAUAGUAUUCGGCAUGUCGAAACAAGAGAGCUUGGAGAUGGCUGUACGAUGCACGAAGUACGCUCGUUCGAUCACAAAGGACGACCCUUCAACUGCAGGAACCGAGUGGCUUUUCGAGUUUUCACCUGAAACCUUUUCAGAUACGGAUCCUGAUUUCGUCCUCGAAGUUUGUGAGGCAGUGAAAGCCGCUUGGGAGCCAACAGAAGAAGCGCCACUCAUCUUUAACCUUCCUGCUACCGUCGAAAUGUCCACCCCCAACGUUUAUGCGGAUCAAAUUGAGUACUUCUCGACACGCAUCUCCGAGAGAGAGAAAGUCUGCGUAUCUCUACAUCCGCAUAAUGACCGCGGAUGCGCAAUUGCAGCAGCAGAGUUGGCACAGAUGGCUGGUGCUCAGCGGGUUGAAGGCACCUUGUUCGGAAAUGGAGAACGAACCGGAAACGUCGAUUUAGUCACUCUGGCCCUCAACCUCUAUACACAGGGAAUCUCCCCAGGGGUGGAUUUCUCAGAUAUCAACUCCAUUAUAAAGGUAGUGGAGGAAAGCAACAAAAUCCCAGUGAAUGAAAGAUGGCCUUAUGGUGGACAAUUGGUCGUUUGCGCCUUCAGCGGCAGUCAUCAAGAUGCUAUCAAGAAGGGCUUCCAGCUUCGUGAAAAGACCAACGCAACGGGCGAGGAUAGGUGGCAAAUACCCUACCUCCCCAUUGACCCAGAAGAUAUCGGUCGCAACUACGAAGCCAUCAUCCGUGUCAACUCACAGAGUGGCAAAGGUGGCGUUGCCUGGGUUAUCCUCCGCAGUCUUGAACUGGAUCUUCCCCGCGGGCUACAAGUUGCAUUCAGCAAAGUCAUUCAGAAGCAAGCCGACAAGCUUGGCCGUGAGCUCCUGCCCAAAGAAAUCGUCUCCCUUUUUGAAGAGGCCUACCAUCUCAAGCAAAACGCCCGUUUCUCCCUGGUAGACUACAACAUCACCACCGACCGUUCACAGUCCCCCGCACCUCCAGAGCCCGGUAAAGCACUCAACACCAAGAACCUCAAGCGACGCUUUGCUGGCAUUAUUGAAAUCGACGGUAUGCAACACGCCAUCGUCGGCGUCGGCACCGGUGCCAUUUCUUCCCUCGCGAACGCCCUAAAAUCCCUAGGCAUUGACCUCGACGUUGUCGACUACAAGGAACACGCUAUCGGGGCCCAUAAAAACACCAAAGCCGCAACAUACAUCGAGUGCACGUCCUCAUGUAGUCCAGACAAGGUCUGGGGUGUUGGUAUCCACCAGGACGUUGUCCAGGCGAGUUUGACUGCGCUUCUGAGCGCUGCUAGCUCCUUCCUCACGUCUCGGGCAUCUACCCCCGCGCCAUUCCGCCCCGCCAAUGUAAAACCACUUACAGAAGCAGAUCUUGAAGCUCUGGAGCAGAUGCAAGGCCAUACCGGACCAGCCCGAGCUUUGGUACCCGACAACGCUAAUGUUGGCGUAGCACUUGCGCAGCAAAAGGUGGAUAUCGAGAAACUGGAAGCCCAGGCGAAUAACCUGGGUUCUGUAAAGCAAGGAUAACCAUCUUCUUCUUCUUUUAUUUUUUCUUUAAGAAGAAGAAGAGAAACUUAUUUAUACGCAAGAAAGGCAGGCAUAAGAUAGAGAGAAGGGCCUUCAAGCAUCAUGAUAAUAAGUAGGGUAGGGCGAAAAUUUUGUUCGUCAUAUUGGGAAUCACACUCAUAAAAAUUUUUAUAUCCUGUUCGGUCAAAUCGUCUACGGAUAUAUUUUUUUUUUCUUGAUUUUUUCUGGUUACGUCUAAAAAGCAAGCUUUGGAAAUUGCUUGAUUCACGGAGAUAAAAGCAUGCAAUGCGAUAUGGAUAAGAAUAGGCCCCAACGGGAUUUAAGGGUCGACGAAUUUUUACGAUUUAAUUUUUUAAUAAUUCAUUCUUUUCUCCCUUUUUUUUUUUGAACUUUGACUCAUAAUCUGUACUU